CUGGACUCGAAGCAUCAACGUCACGUGUUUUGGUUUUACAGCCAUUAAAAUCGCCGUUAGUCUAAAGGCCACGCGUUAGGUUUGCUGAUCCACUGGAAGCCUGGACCAUGUCCAGCAUUCAGCUCCUCAAGGUGCUCGUUAACGAGCGGCUCUCCGCAGCCGCAGAGGAGAUCUUCGAGGCCGUGAAAAGAACCUUAACAGGCUAUGAUGAGGAGAUCCAACGACAACGAAGGAUGCUGCAGAAAAUCUCCAACCAGGACGAUCACUCAGAACAAGUUCACUUGGCCUUGUCUGUUUGGGAUGAAGACUUCUCUGAUCAUCAACAAGAAGAGGAGCAGAGUGAGCCAGUCUGGAGCUCAAAGAUCCAUCAGGAUCCUCCAAAGCAAACAAUGAGCAGCCUGAAGGAGCAGCAUGAGGAACUGGAGGAGAGCAGUACCAUUAAAUUCAUUUUCAUGCCGUCACAUGGCAAGGACAACCAGUCUAAUGAACCAAAGGCUGAAGAGGAGGAAGGAGAUCCUCAGCCAAGCACUUCCAAGCAACAGGAUUGGACAAAAGGUGAUGAUGGGACUUCCACCAGCUGUUCCAAAGCUGACAGUGAAGAAGAGUGGAGUGCUGACAAUGGAAAGAAGUCACAGAAGAAGAAAAAGAGGAAGAAGGGACCUCGUCUACCACUGGCUCCAAAACUGUUCCCAACCAAAAAGAACAAGCCUCUGAUUUGCUGCAAAGUCUGUGGGAAAUCCUUCCACACUCGCAUUCCAUUGGUGAAUCACACGCAAGCUCACCCAAAGGAUGUCUGCGGCGUGUGCGGAGAACGCUUUGACAGCAAAGAAAGCUUUGACGUUCACCUGAAAACGCACGUGAAAGCAGAAACCUGCAGCUUUUGUGGCAAAUGCUUUGGGACCACCAGCGCUUUGGAGAUACAUAUGAGGAUCCAUACAGGAGAGAAGCCAUUCGCUUGCAGCGAGUGUGGGAAAUCAUUCAAAAGUCGACCCAACCUGGUACGACACAUCAGGAUCCACACGGACGAAAAACCGUAUUUGUGCACGGUCUGUGGGAAAUGCUUCAAUGAUUACACCACCCUGAAACGCCACCUGCUGCUUCAUACAGGCAAGAAGAACAGCAGUACAGACAACGCAUCUGAAAAUGAAAACGGCAGCAAGAAGAGUUUGUCGGCAAAAAGGGCACAGGCUGUAUGUGUGGUGUGUGGAAAGAUAUGUUGCUCUGUGGUUUCUCUGAUAAAUCACACCAAAAGCCACGCUACAGACCUUUGUGGCAUUUGUGGGACACACUUUGACUCAGAAGAAAGCCUAAAAAUUCAUUUAAAAAUGCAUAAAAAUGGGAAGGCGUGCGAGGUGUGCGGGAAGUGUUUCGACAGUCAGGGACACCUGGAGAUACAUAAGAGGAUCCACACAGGUGAAAAGCCGUUUCCCUGCAGCGAGUGUGGCAAGUCCUUCAACACCCAAGCCAACAUGAUGCGACAUGUCAGGAUCCACACUGGUGAGAAGCCGUAUACCUGCUUGGUCUGUGGCAAAUGUUUCAGUGACUACUCCACUCACAAACGCCACCAGCUGAUUCACACAGGUAAGAAGAGCUUCAGUCCACAAAACCCGUCUGCAAAUAAAAGCGUUGAAAAGAAGAAGAAUUCCCCUGGCAAACAGUCACAUGUUGUGUGUGAGGUGUGUGGGGUGGUGUUCCGCUCCACGUUCUCACUGGUGAACCACGCUAAAACUCACACCACGGACCUCUGCAGCAUCUGUGGAACUCAGUUUGAUUCAGUGGAAAACCUCAAACGUCACCUCAAAACUCACAAAAAUGGCAAAGUGUGCGAUGUGUGUGGGAAGAGUUUUGACUAUCAGGCAACCCUGAAUUCACACAUGAGAAUCCACACGGGCGAGAAGCCUUUUGUCUGCAGCUUCUGCGGGAAGUCCUUCAGGUUCCAAGCCAACAUGAAGAGACACGUCAGGGUGCACACAGGUGAGAAGCCGUACCAAUGCGCCAUCUGUGGACGCGCCUUCAGCGACCUCGGCUCAAUGAAGCAGCACCGCAGCAUGCACACCGGAGAGAAACGCCAUCGCUGUGAGGUGUGCGGUAAAGUAUUCCAUCGGAAGACGUACGUCAGGCUUCACAUGAAGAUCCACACCACGAAGAAAUGAUUACUUUAAAGAGUCUGGAAAAUUAAACAGUGUGAUGUCUGAAACUGGGAGAAGUUUUAACAGCAUUAUCCCAUAACUACACUGAUUAGCUUUAAUAUAUAUUUUUUGUAAAUAUGAAACUAUAAGACAUCAGUGAUGCACCAAACAUUGGCUACUAACUCAAAUCCGUGAUUGGCUGAUCUGAAACUUAAAAUGAAGAAGUUGUGUGUCCUGGUCUUUGAAUGCACCAUUGCUAGUGCACUGCUAAAUCAUGCUAGCAAUAGCAGUCUUUAUUUCCCAAAAUAAUUUUUUUAGGUAAUAAAAAAAUGUAAUUUGUUAUUAGUUCUUUGUGGAAAAGUUUGAAUUUGUCAAAUCUGCAAGUCAAAUUAGUACUCAGAAAUCUGUAUUGGCCCCCCAAAACCAGAAUAGGUGCUUUUCUAAAUAGUGAACCUAAUUCCUCAUUUUUAUGACGUACCAUUGCAUUAUUUAGUCUAGAAAUGUGUUUUUAAGAGAUCAUCGUUGUUUUUGACUCAUGGUGUGCCCGUUAACUUUUCUGAUAAACGUAUAAGAAAACAAUGUCAACGCAAAAUGCUUUAUGUAUCGUUAAUCCAUGUGGAAGAAAUAAAUCAGUUCUGAAAUGUUUUCUUAUUUCAGGAUAAAAAUCACAA